UUCUCGUAUAAGAGUGGAAAACGAGAACCUGUAUUAUUACUGCACCGAAUCUGACCUGUAAGGUACCUGCGGCGACGUGUGUAGUGGCCCACCGGAGUCACAGCGUGCAAUACAGUAUAUGCGCCUGGUGCAUCGGAACUGUAUUGCUCUUAACGGCUGUCGAUCCACUCUGUGAUGAACCUGGCAACAACCCUCAAGUGACAGAAGAACACAAAAGCUCCAGCGAUGUCGACCAUGGAAGCACAAAAUAACAGCGAGAGGGAACACGAAAGAACUAUAACCAUACCGCCAAACGAAACUCAGAGCCUCGCCAAUCGCAAAAGUGUCUCGGCUGCCGCUCGCUUCGUCCUAAUAGGAGCCGUGUGCAUUGCCGCUACCCUAUUACUCUUUCUUCUGACGUCACGUGAUCCUCCAACGAAUCGCAGCCGCGAGAAGAGACAGGGAUCGUGCCAGGUCGACAUGUGUCUGACAGAGGAGUGCAUCCACGCAUCGUCCAGCAUCCUGAAGGCGAUGGAUCCCACAGUCGACCCCUGUGAUGACUUCUACACGUACGCGUGUGGAGGCUGGAUCGAAGAGAACGCCUAUAGAACUGGCCUCGAGGAGCUGUUCUAUGGAGUCAACCACAACGGUCUACCGGAGAAAAUCGACCUCACCAUCAGUGAGCUCAUCAAGAGACGCAUACCGAUGGACAGUUCACUCCUGAACAGCAAGCCAUACCGGGAUCUCUUUGCUUUCUACGACACGUGCACAGAAGUGGAUACUGAGGAAAGCGACAUGCAGCCACUGCUCGAGGUUCUGCUGAAGCUCAAGCACUUUCAGGUGGGACGGCCGUUCGAGAAGGAGGCGUGGAACCUGACGAACGCCAUCCUCGAGCUGGUGCGUCUCAACGGCGUCCCGCUCUUCGACGUCCUCAUCGACGCCGACAUCAGGAACUCGAGCAAGUUCGCCAUUAUCAUCGCUCCCCCGAGGCGCUACGGACUCAUCCCGUCGCUGGUUGGGCCGACGCGGUCCUCGAGACGCCGCCCGGAUCUCGAGAAGAUACUCAGGUCGAAGAGUCGAAAGGGUUUAUUCGGCGACACCAUGGACGACCUCGUACUACUCGACAUGCUGACCGAGAUCCGAGCGCAGAAGAGGAGUCGUCAUGUGAUAGAGGGAGCUGACGGCAGCUUCCGCCCGGAGGAGAACAUCAUUCUCGACAAGGGGAAAGACGACGAGAUAUUCGACUCGUCGACGACCUCUGGCCAGUCAACGAGGAGUUUCAGCGCCACGGAAUUCCCGAGUUACGACUCUCGCAGCGAUGACUAUGAUUAUGAAAAUGAACAAGAGGUCCAAGUGGUAAGCAGGAGAACAGUCUACCAAAUAUUCAAGAGAAAUGUGGAGCUGAAAAGGACGGAGAUGAUAGCAAAAAUGGUUGAAAAUAUUUUCGAUAACAGUACAGAGGAGGACCUAGCUGAUGCUCUCGGUGACAUCACGCCAAAUGACAUCAUGACUUCGGUGGUGCAGACGUUUAUUCCCCAUCUGAGCGAGAUUCAACCUAACGAUUACGAAGAGCUGCAGGCACAACAGCAUGCCAAGCUCUACAACCACUACACGUUGUCGCAGCUCCAGCUCGAGACGCCUUUGGUGGACUGGAGCUACCUGCUGAGUAGCCUCUUCAACAUGACCAUCACUGACGACGAUAACAUCUACCUGUACUAUCCGCAGUAUAUGGUCAAUCUCAACCACCUGCUCGCUACUACUGAACCUUGGGUUGUCCACUACGGGAUGCUGGUUCUCUAUUCCUUCGACGUUCUGAGGGAGACCAUCUACGCACCAGAGGAUAUGGACAGAGCAGAUUUCUGUCUUCAGGCUUCCAAAAGAGCUUUUGGAGAAGUGCUGACUAAUAUGUAUCUCCAUUACGUGGGUAAUGAGACCAUCAAUCACAUACGAAAACAUGCCGGGGACAUCCUGAGCACGCUACGGGAGGAGGUUAAGAGCUCGGUGGAGAAGGCGUCCUGGCUAAGUCCUCAUGACACAGACGCCGCCUACGAUAAGCUGGAGAAUCUCGAGGCUGAGAUCGGCGCCUACGAUAAGCACUGGAAUCUCACCUUCGUCAAUAUAUCGCACGUCGGGAUUCACUUGAGCGAAGACAACACAUUCCGAGACAACGUGUUGGAGAUUUACCGAGUCUUGAGAACAGAACUUUAUUACCUGUAUAAGGAGCCCGUCGAUCGGUUUUCUUUUAUUUGGAGUUUUACGGUCCAACCAUACAUAGUGAACGCUUUUCACAUGCACUCAACCAAUACAAUAGGUCAGUUCACGGUUAAUAGAGAGUGAGUGAAGGAGAAAGAGAGAUAAGAGUGAGUGAGUGAGUGAGUGAGUGUGUGUGUGUG